ACACUUCCGUCUCGCUGCAGCAUGUUCUCUCUAUACUGAGAGCUUCAGUAAAGCAGAGUGGAUCCCUGCAGGCUGCUGGCAUCCCGGGUCUUGCUCAGAUCUGAGGACUAAAUAUCACAGGAUGAAGCCGAGAUGCCGCCGCUCCACUGUGGACAGACUUCCCACCAUCAGUGAGAUGCAGGAGAGCGACAUAGAGGACGGAGACCUGGACUUCUCCUCCCACACUAUGGAGGAGUACGUGGACUCCAUCAAAGAGCUCUCCCAACCGGCCUGCUACCCGCUGCACGGGCCCCUGAGAGGCCACCGUCGCUGGAGGGUCAGCACCAGCCCAGCAGUCUCUGCCGGGGCUCCAUCGUUUUUUCUGAGCUCCUCAAGGAGCCACAGCUCCUGGCUUCCCAUUGACCCAUCAGACGUUACGCUCAUCUUGACCGAGCAUUCAGACUAUGACCUGCCACUGCGCGUGAAACAGAGCCUGAUGGACAUGCUGGUGUCUCGGUCCCUGUUUGCAGGCCUGGUGUGAUCCAGAGCCAUGUUCCCCCUGCAGCCCUGACAUCAGCUCCAUGUUGCAUGACCCAUUUAUUUGAUAGAAGUAACUGAGUACUCUCCAAAUGUGAUUUUCCCUUUGAAGUGCUUAAUGAAUGCAACGCAUGAAACAAAAGAUGAAAAGGGAACAAUAUCAAGGGCAGAACAAACAAAUGAGCAGAGCUCGCCCGAAGCGUGAGCCCACUAAGUGGCUGCACGGGGCCCUUCAGCCACCAGGGGGCGCUCACUCGAACAGAGCGUGAUUUAAAUAUUUUAAGAUGCACCUAAUUA